AUGGAACAACAGAAAAAUGGUGAGAAAGAAGCAUCAGGACUCGUGUUGCAAAAUUGCACGUUAAAAUUAGCAACUCUGGAUGCGGGUAAUGUAACUAUGCAUUUAGGGAGACUAUGGGGUAACUUUUCAAGUACUGUGAUCAUGCGGAGUUACAUAGACCAAUUGAUAAAUCCAAAAGGCUGGAUAGAGUUUCAGGGAGAGCCCCUAGUUCGCCCAUUCUAUAUGGAAUUCAAAAAUAGAGGACCUGGUGCAAACAUAACGGGACGUGUGACGUGGGCGCGUGUCACUAAUGAUCCUAAUGACGCAUCAAGUUUCACUGUCAGGAAUUUUAUCCAGGGUGAUAAAUGGAUACCCUCCACAGUCCCACAUUACUCAGGUUUCCUAUGA